AUGGUGCUGAGCAAAACGUACAUCCCAAGCGACCUGUCAACAUCAACCAGCCCGCUCUUAGACCUAGACCUUCCCCAUGGGGGCGAUCAGCAUCGGCGCAUCAGCGCCACUCGACCUGAACUCUAUUUCCCCGGACAUGUCAGCAUAUCCGUCGGGGCAGCCUGGGAUCGACGUAAACUUUCCUCGUUCAAGCAAAUGAUCCGUAGCAAUUGGGACCAAUUCUUCCAGACAUCUACAUCCGUCGGGUACGAGUACUUCAUGCAACAAGCGGUGAUAUUGUUUUGCGGAACACCAGAUAUAAAUAUCACCAGACCCGAUGCUGCGAUAUGGACCUUUAGACAAUCUCACCAGCAGCAGCACGACUGCAACAAGCACCAACCCAGACCUCAAUAUGCGCUUCCAACUUAUCGCAGCGGCAGGCCUUUUGCCAUUGACCGCGCAUACAAGCUUAGCAUCACCGCCGCUAGGUCCUCCACAAGAUGGACGGACUGCAAGCCCGGCGAAUGUACCGGAAGAAUGCAGAUGUUCGACGUCACCGUCAACAACACCGGCACAACAUGGGUUGUAUCUCAGCCGUACGUUGCUGUCACCCUCAAGGGCGACAGCCUCACGACGCACCGACAAGGCAAGAUCACGCGCCUUCGCCCUGGCGACUCUGCCAUCUUGGAACUCGGCGUGCAGACCGAUGCUGUCCAUGUGGACCGAUCUGUCAAUGCAAUCGCUCACUGGGAUGACGGAGGCUCUUGCCAAGGCUCUACUACCUUUGGCUUUACGGCUUCGUACGGUAUUCCCAAAUACCAGGCCAACGUCGCUUCUGUGAGCAACCAUGAGGUUCCUAACUGGUAUCGGGAUGCCAAAUUUGGUAUUUUCAUCCACUGGGGGGUAUAUUCCGUACCGGCAUAUAGCAGCGAGUGGUACUGGAAGUACCAAGAGACUAAAGAUUCUGACGUCUAUAACCACCACCUGGCAACAUACGGCAAGAGUGUUGUUUACGAUGACUUCAUCGCCAAUUUCACCGCUGCCAACUUCAACCCCAAAGCCUGGAUGGACCUGAUUAGCGACGCUGGAGCCAAGUACUUUGUGCCCACCACAAAACAUCACGAGGGCUUCGCUCUGUUCAACAUGUCCUCAAGCAUUUCGAACCGAAAUUCAGUCAAACUAGGUCCGAAAAGGGAUCUCCUUGGUGAGCUCUUCGCCGCUGCGAAGCGAUAUCACCCUGACAUCCACCGCGGCACCUACUUCAGCAUGCCCGAGUUCUUCACCCCGGCGUCACCCCAAAACAGCGGACUGGAUGGUAGCUUUUACCAAGGCCCCCCGAAGAACGCAUACACAGGCGCAGAGGUCCCAUACACCGGUUUCGUGCAGAAUGACUUCGUCUCCGGCAUCCAGCUGCCCCAGAUGAACAUCUUGUCCAACGAGUACGACACAGAACUCAUGUGGUGUGAUAUCGGCGGCACGUCCAUGGUAGACCAGUUCGCAGCCAACUUCUUCAACAAGGCUUACAGUGGAAACAAACCGGUCGCCAUGAACAACCGCUGCGGCGCUGUCAAUGGCCAGUCAGUCCCUGGUGACUACGGCACGCCCGAAAACACAGCCGACCUCAGCUUCGAUCCUAAGCCAUGGGAGGUUUGCCGCACCCUGGAUCCCAACUCUUGGGGAUACAGAGCGGACACACCUGACUCCGCUUACUUGACCCCAAGCACUAUCGUGUUCACGCUCGUCGAUGCCAUUUCCAAGGGUGGAAACCUCUUGUUGAACAUGGGUCCCAAGCCGGAUGGUACCAUCAAGGAGAUCAUGCAGACGAACCUGCGCGCUGCUGGUAAAUGGAUCAAAGCUCACUCUGAGAGCAUUUUCGGCACCAAGUACUGGCCGGCUGGAAAGGGUGGAUCUGGAAACUUCCGGUACACCGUGACCGAUAAGGCUUUCUACAUCCACUACCUGCAGAAGCCGAAUGGCAAGAUCACCAUCACUGACCCGAUCCCUUGGAUGCAGAGCGACAAGGUCACCGUUGUGGGUGGCUCUAAGAACGGCGCUACUAUCACUGCUAGUGCAUCUGGUAGCAGCGUCGUUCUGGAUGUACCCCAGGAGAUUUCUGAUGCGGACCAGUACGCUUGGACUUUCAAGAUUACAUACUAA